CCAGCGGCGUGCCGACCGAGACAGCAGCCUUACUUACAGCCGAGCUCCGCGCCAGAGUGCCAUGCAGCAGCAGCAGCUCUGACCGCCCCGCGACACCAAGGACAACCAGCAACGCGCGUGCGACCCUCCAGUCCGAGAGACUCCGCGACUGAUUGACCGGCCGCCACCGACCGCCAGAUUCGUCCUCGUGUGUCCGCAGCUUCGUCCACCAUUCACGCGUACGGGAUGUUGAUGCCAGGAGGCGCCGUGCUCGGCGGGGCCGCCGACUCGGUGAUCGGCGCCGGCACGAGCGCCGCCGCCGGCGCGCCGGCCGUCUCGGCCGCCUCCGACCCUGGCGCCGUGCAAGCGGCCCUCUCGGCGGCCACCGUGGCCGCCCUCACCGGACAGGUGCCGACAUCGGUCGCCUGUUCGACGGCCAGCAGCACGCCGGCCGCCGUCCAGCAGAAGGACACCACCUGGACCAAGCUGUUCGUCGGCGGGCUGCCCUACCACACGACCGACAAGUCGCUGCGCGAACACUUUGCCGUUUACGGCGACAUCGAGGAGGCCGUCGUCAUCACCGACCGCCAGACCGGCAAGAGCAGGGGCUACGGAUUCGUAAUUAUGGGCGACCGAAGUGCUGCUGAACGAGCCUGCAAAGACCCAAACCCCAUCAUCGACGGCCGCAAAGCGAACGUCAAUUUGGCCAUUUUGGGCGCCAAACCGCGAGGCAACGUUACUCCGGGAGACCAGCCAGGAUUUUCCUUUGCUGGACUGAGGGCAGGAUACCAGGCGGUACUUCCAGGGCAAUACGGGGUGCCCCCCGGCUACGUGUACCCGAAUCCGUACCUGGCUGCAGCCCCCGGCAUGGUGUCGAUGCCCCCCACCCCCAUCUCGCAUCUGACUGCGGCGGCGGCAGCUGCUUCCAACCCUUUCUACACCACAGAGUACCAACCAGCGGCCUUCCCAGGGCAGUAUACCAGCGGACUCGACCCCUACGGCUACUCCAGUGCGGCAGGUGCGGCAGCGGCGGCCAGCUACGUCACCCCCUACACGUACGCGACCCUGCCGCAGGCGUUGCAGCCUGGAACCUUCCCGGGAAUCAGUCCAUAUCAAGCUCAGACAGCUCAACUUCAAGAGGCUCGACUACAGUAAGGUGUUAAUUAAUGGUAUUGAAGAAUUUUUGUUAUUGUAUCAUUUCGGAUGCGGACGGCCGCGCGCAACCGAGAUUGCGACACGCGCGUCGUCACUCGUACACUCACACAAACAAUAAUUUCGAUCGAUGAUCGCGAGAGAAAAAGCUGAGAGAAAUUUUUUUGAAAGUAUGAAAUUUUCGUUGUUGACCCUUUUUUAAAAAGAUGAAACGCAAAAGUGUAAAGAAUUCGCGCUUAAAACAAACGACUCCUCUGCGCCGAGGGGCAAUGGAAAUUAGUACGACCAGUUAGCUGUGUAUAAAAUCCCUGCGACAUAUUAAUUAAUGAAAUAAUUAGUAAAAACUUAAAGUAUAUAUGCUGAGAUGUCAAAGAGCUGUGCAAAGCACGGCGCAAAUAUUGAUUGAUUGAUGAUAAGUUUCGUCCGUUCGCACGGACCAAUUUCGUAGUAUGUAAAUGUACGAAUAAAUUUAAUUAUUCUACACAACAGCGCACGCUGAGAACACCACACACGUGUUUAGAUGACAAACAAAGUAACAAGUUGACAUGUAACUACUGUAAUAGGGAAAGAGUCGAGUUGAUUUUCUGAUCGGAACAUUAUGUCAUUGCCGCAAAGAAAAGAUUCGCUUCAUUAUUUGAGGAGAGAUCUCUGCAUAACUAUUGUCCCUUUCGUUUUGUUGACGGCUAAUUUAUUAAUGUAUUGAUGAGAUGCUGAUGAUGAUUAUUCUUAUUGCUCUAUGGCCUCUAUUUUGUUGUAAUUAUUUUUACACACGCGCAUGAUGCUGCUAAGACUUAAUUAUUGCGAGGAAAGAUCGAUCGUUUUACUUAACCCGAAGCGAAUGGAACACGUGAAAAUGGUUAUUAGUUAAUUGAUUGAUGAUUACCCGUCUUUAUUUGAAGCCGCCUACUCGGAAGUGACGAAAUUAUCCUAAUAAUGUAACGCAUACACAACCUUAGAUCUCAAAAACGUAGAUUGGACAAUGGGCGACCCGAAGAAUGACAUAAUUUCACAAAGAAUGACUACUCUUUCUCUACGCACUCGUAAAUUUGGAACAACUCACAUUUGUAUAAUAUUCGUGGUCUUACUCAAAGGUUUAUUUACAUCUGUUAUGUAUAAGUCUUGGAAAAGCCGCUUCUCGUAAAACUCCGCCGUAAUAUAAUGGAAAAAUAAAACUAUAUCUUUCGACACCGUACACACUCACACGCAUAUCUUCCCUGCUGAAGCCCAAUCAAUCGCAGAUGUCAACUGUAAAUAAUGAUGGAUAUUAAUUAGCUAGGAACAAAGGUUGGAAAAUCUAACUGCUAGUCAUCCGGUACGAAGCAAAAACGCGUCUGCGGCGCGCGUCGAGUGGCUCGACGCGGCAGCGGCGGGCGUGUUUCUUCUUUCUCGCGCCAUUCGAGGGAAUUUGCCAUUUUCAACUCACAGAAAACCUAAAACAAAAGGAAAACACGGUUCAGGCCCAGAAAACCGCGGUGAAGACUGACGCGCCGGCCCGUGACGCGUGUGCGGGUCGGCGAUCGAGCUAGUCAUCACAAAUUACAACACAACUACCUUCAAACCGUGGGGGACGGGGGCAGGGGGUGGGAGAAUGCAAUCGCUUUCUAAUAGCCGAAUCGACCGAAUUCGGAGACACACAAAAUAAAAAGAUAAAAAGAAAAACCCGGUGCCUGAGUAAGAAAUUUUAAAAGUAUGUGGACAAGACAAGGAGUGCCUUUGAACCAAAUGCCUCUCUCACGCAGCAAGAAGAAGGGAUCACUACUAAACAAACACAGACACAUGGAAUAUUUUUGCGCAAUAUUUUGGAAUGUGGGUGUCAACCGCGAGAUAUCAUAAUGUUCAAUCGUCCGUCCGAUUUUUUACUCGAGAACAGCUCAAUCCGCGCGCGCAGUUCUGCACUCUUUUCCCGGUCGAGCUUACACACACACACACACACACACACACACACACACACACACACACACACACAGAAACACGACGAUUCCGUUGCGGGGGUGGGCGGGCGGGGGCGGUCGGAGGCGGGAAACGACUGAAUUUUCGGAACCUCUUUCUCGCCUCAGCUCGUUAUUACCUGACGCGUUCGCCCGCUCUUCUCUUUUGGCGUGACAAAUGUAGCAUUGUAAUUUGGUUUCUUGUUGUCUGGCAAGGGGACAAAAUCGGUUUCUAUUUGUAGCAGAGCUGCUGCUGCUUCUCUUUCUUUUGGACUCGCGUCGUCUUCGUCGACGUCGAGGGUUCAAGGUGUAUUUUAGCUCUCUUUCUCUCCCAAACAUACAUUCACACAAGCACGGCGGGCCGCGAGUUUCUUCUAUUCCAGCACGGUGCAGAAGUAAGGGCUGGUUUCGAUUUUACAAAAAGGAAAAAUUAAUAAUAAAGAGGCACUCGUUCGGGGGAAUUAUCGUCGAAUGUUCAACCGACCGACACUGCUUUCAUCAAAGCAAGCGACUGAAAACGGUUUUGUCAGGUUGGGAAAUUCGCAGUAAUAGCUAAUCGCAGAAAAACAACCAAAUGCAUAUCUAUUGUUAAUUCAUCUCUACUGAUGUCAAUGUGUACACAUUAAGUUUUAAGAGGAAAAAGAGCGCGGCGAAACUAAACACAUGAUUACCCGUAAUUUUAAGAUUCGAAUAGCAAGACCAAAUAAUAAGUAAUAAUUGUAAACGUGCAAACAAUUUUCUAAUCGCCAGACAAAUUAAACACAAAAAAAAAUCCUCUGCGACAUUUCGAAAUAAAUAUGUAUAAAAUUGCACGACUCUACUAUUUUCAUAUAUCGUUAACGAAAUAAUGAGACGCGAAAUCAGCUAGCAGUUAAGAGCAAUCACUUAGCGCGUAAGACACACUACACUUAUAUUCUACAACCUUGGGUUGAUUAGGUGGGACAGCCAGGUUCUUAGCGAGUAAGACGCCCUGACACAAUUUUUUUAGUCUCAAAACAUAUUAUGAUGUACUUCAGCCUGGUGUUGACAAUACGCAUCAAGAGUUGAUCUAUGUUCAAUGAUCUUGUAAGCAAAUUUGAAUGAGGAAACUACCACGCCGAGGAAAACAAAACUGAUAUGUAACAAUGGUCUUAAACCGCGUCUUAGACUGUAAGGCAAAAAUAAACUUUUUAAUCUUAAGCGAUGAAUAUCAUGUCUAGCCGUUAAGCGAAAAAAAGCAAUUUUGUAAGGUAAUAAUUUUAUUAAGCUUUUGAGAAGAAAAAAAAUAAUAAUACAGACACCCACACACUUCUGACAAACCACUUUUUUGGUUGCUGUUUCACCACUGACGACACAAAUUCAGCAUUUUCACCUUUCUCACUCUUGUUAUUAUUUUUGUAAAUUUUUUGUUUUGCCGUUGCACGCUCUCGAGUUGAGUUGGUUAUUGUACUUUUAAUAAUUCUGAUUUUUUUUUCCUACGUCACAGCUGCAACACCAAAUAUUAAAGUGUUAAAUGGUAAUCUGUUUGGUGAUUUGCGCGAAUAAUUGGAAAACGCGUGUCUUUCUUUUUCAAGGAUAACUGCUGAUGGAUUGAUUGAUCAGAGAAAGAUGUGAUUAUCGCAACAAACACACACAGCUAAAGCAAAUAAUAUAGACUGGUUCAGUUCAACUUUUAAUUGAUAUGAUUACGCGCCACAAACUAAUUAAAUUAAUGCAGAUGGAAGUGAAUGUUAUUGGAACACAAACAAACACACACACACAUGAUAGACAGACAUAACUCUCACAACACAAAUGCUGUUAUAUCUCUAUGAUGAAAUAAAUAUAUUACCUUUCUGACGCCGGGGCCGAGCCAAUUUCUCGCGCUCGCGCCCCAACUUCUAUAUGGUCAAGUUGUUAUAAUCAAUCAUAUAUAUUAUUAUAUAUGUAAUACACAACUAUUAUCACACUCACGUAAAGAGCAUAGCAGUUAAGUGAAAAUUUAAAAAUACUUCUCUAGCCCGUAAGUUCUACUAUUUAUUACUGUAUAAUUAUAUUUAUUAGAAACUCAGUUAAUAAAAUAAAAGACAUCACUAAAGCCAAAA